AUGCCUCUUCACCUGCUAGGGAAGAAAUCAUGGAACGUCUACAACAAGGACAACAUUGAGCGCGUGCGCCGCGACGAGGCCAGCGCCAAGGCGGCCGAGGAAGCAGCGGAGCAGCGCAUGCAGGAAGUCGACGCGGCACGACGACUCGCGAUCCUGCGCGGCGAAACACCACCCCCGAUCGAACAAGAGGAAGCGGCGGCCGCCGACCCAGAAGCGAGCCCAUCGCGCCGUCUAGGCACGGGCAGGCGACCGCGCAAGCGCCACGGCGAAGACGACACCGACUUUGAGCUGCGCAUCGCCGCUGAGCGCGAAGCCACCGUGCGCGGGGCCGCCGCGGACGCGAGGCGAGCCACGAGCUCCGCGCCCAUUGUCGACCGUCGGGGCCACAUUGACCUGUUUGGCGGAGACGUCGACCGGAGCCGCCACGCCGACAAGAACGAAGACGCCGAGCGGGACAAGCGCCGCAAGGAGCGCGAGUACGAGGACCAAUACACGAUGCGCUUCGCCAACGCCGGCGGCCAGCCGGGCCUGGACGCGCCGUGGUACGCGGCCGAGGAUGGGAGCACGGCGCAGAAGCAGGUGGCGAAGAAUGUCUGGGGCCGGGACGACCCGAGGCGCAAGGACCGCGAGGCGAAGCGCACCGUCGCGAGCGACCCGCUGGCGAUGAUGAAGCAGGGCGCGGCCAGGGUGCGCGAGCUCAGGCAGGAGCGCGGCAAGCUGGAGGAGGAGCGCGAUAGGGAGCUGCGGCAGAUGAGGCGGGAGGAGGAGAGGAGAGAGCGCCAGGUCGGGUUAUGGCAGAAGCGCUGGUAG